AUGUUUUUCUGCAUGAGAAUAGCCCUACAGAGCCAAAGGGCACGGGAAAAUGCGACAUACCACGCCAGGAACAAGCUACCAAAAGAAGUUAAAUCUCGAGUGGAUGAAGUCUUAUACAUGGCCACUUUAGGUGGUGCACAUGCAAUCCACCGGGAAAAGGAGAUUGGAAGCCUGGAAGUUGGUAAACUGGCAGAUAUCGUCUUGAUCCGAACAGAUUCUCCCUCCAUGGUCUCGUCGGUCAAUUACGGUCCCGCCAUGGUUAUGCAUUGCCACCCAACGGAUGUGAGUACUGUGAUGAUCAAUGGGGAAAUUGUAAAGCGAGACGGCAAAUUGCUCAGGGUGGACUGGGAUAAACUUGUUGGGAAAUUGAAAGAGAAUCGACAGGUAUUGGAAGCACGAUGGGCUGAUGUGGACUGGGAUGUAACUAAGAGUGAACUUACGAAGCUUUGGCAUAUGGGCGAGGUCUUGGAAGAUUAG